UCUACCCGCAUUGCCCGUUUGUUUCGGCGCCGUCACCGCCUCGCUAUGCCAGAGCCUUCGCGCUCGGCUCCGGCGCCCAAGAAGGGCUCCAAGAAGGCCAUCACCAAGGCGCAGAAGAAGGACGGGAAGAAGCGCAAGCGCGGCCGCAAGGAGAGCUACUCCAUCUACGUGUACAAGGUGCUGAAGCAAGUGCACCCCGACACCGGCAUCUCGUCCAAGGCCAUGGGCAUCAUGAACUCCUUCGUCAACGACAUUUUCGAGCGCAUCGCCAGCGAGGCCUCCCGCCUGGCGCACUACAACAAGCGCUCGACCAUCACGUCCCGGGAAGUGCAGACGGCCGUGCGCCUGCUGCUGCCCGGCGAGCUGGCCAAGCACGCCGUGUCCGAGGGCACCAAGGCCGUCACCAAGUACACCAGCUCCAAGUGAGGCGCAAUGCGGUGCGCCCCGAACCCAAAGGCUCUUUUCAGAGCCACCUUCAAGCUCAGAAAGGAGCGUGCCACCUAGUCUGGCUGUGGCCUGUGGC